AUGGCGGUCGAAGUAAACGGGAAAAGUUUUGAAUCGUAUUCUGAUGCUUUGGAUGAGUACAUCAGCAGUCAUCUUGGUGAGAAAAUAUGCAUACCAAAGCAACGAAAUACGGAUCAUCUAGAAACCGCAGAAGUUCUGUUCACAAGUCCAACCAGACGAAAACGCAGAAAAGUAAACCAGUCUUACAGCAACGAUAGAACACUACGCCACGAGAAACCUUCGCCGAAAACGGACGUCACAACCACGACGAAUGGUCCGGGCACUCGUGGGUCACGUGAUCAUCACGUGCGCAUACUGGAAAGACUGGAGGGACCGCUUCAGAGAGAAUUAACUCCUUCUGCAACUGACGACUUGUGUAACUGUUCUGUUUUGUACGGUGUGCGCACUCCUGCCUAUGCAUACGGUCCUGCUCAGUCGACUCCAUAUCGACAAACCAGAGUCGCUUUGAAUUUUCAAGACGAAGAGUCGGUAUGCACCGAUGACCUUCUCCAAGCUGAUUGCUGUGGGGGAAAAGAUGCAACUGGAUCGAGAACAAAAGAUGUGAGACUCAGUACAGCAACAUUAUCCCGAGCUCGAAGAAACAGCACAACAAACGUGAUGUCAAAUAGUUGUCGUGCUAUUGGCAACGUUGCAAACCAGUCGAUGUCAUCAGACUCCAUGGAAACGUUGAAGAGAGUUCUAUUUGAUAUGCAGCAGUUAGCACUGCAGUUUCAGGUUGUAAAUGAGACUGCUACGAGUAAAGGGACAGACAACUAAAUUUUGGUGUAAAUUUCUGCUUGUCAAUGAAUACAGAAAUUUCACUUCAGCUGUCCAGUAGACAAACAUUAGGCCAUAGAAUUCAUAAGCUACCACCAAUUGCUAAUUAAUUAAUUAAAAUGGAAAUAAACUGUACAUAUGUAUAGAUGCACUUACCUAAAUACAUUUGG